AUGGUGGUGGUGGAGGAUGGGAGAGGUGGUGGUGGUGGCGGCGGCGGCGGAGGAGGAGGUGAUAGUGGUGGAGUUGGUGGUGAAGGUGAUCAUGGUGGUGGAGGUGGUGAUAGUGGUGGAGUUGGUGGCGGAGGUGAUCAUGGUGGUGGAGGGGGUGGUGGCGAAGGUGGUAAUGGAGGUGAUGGUGGAGGUGGCGGUGAUGGUGGUGAAGGAGGUGGUGGUGGAGAAAGUGGUGAUGGUGGAGGUGGUAAUGGAGGCGGUGGUGGAGAUAUAGGAGGUGAUGGUGGUGGAGGAGGUGGCGGUAGAGAAAGUGGUGAUGGAGAUGGUGUUGGACGUGGUGGUUGA